UCUGUCAAAUUAGUGGCGACUGGCGGAGCGAAAAGUGUCAUAGUUGGACGUAUUCCAGUUUAUUUUGUGGUUAAUUUUAAUCAAUUAAGUGUUUUUUUUUCGAUUUGUAGUUGUGUAUUUAUUACCAUAAAUAUUAAUACAAACUGAAAAUCACCGUAUCGAUUUAGGACUAAACCGUUUCGGGCGAUGCAGCAUCUGCCCUCCGGGAGGUACAGUUGAAUUUUAAUCGCGCUUCCAUUCCGAUAACAUGGGGAAACUACUCAGUCUGCUGGCCAGGGAUGACUCAAACUGUUGUUCCUCGCCGAGAUACGACAUAUUUUUGGAUUUCGAGAACGCCGCCCCGACGGAAACGGAGCGCGAGGUUUACGAGGAGGUACAGAGAGUUCUGCUAGAGUCGGACGAGAUAUUACGAGAGAUACAGUGCUACAAAGAUGCAGGGAAGGAGAUUAAGGAGGCGAUCGCCGACCCGUCGGAUAUAACGCAGGAGCGGGCCUGGCGCGCCGUCAGACCCCUCGUGGACAAACUACAGAGGUCUUACAACCAUUCACUGGAACUGCAACGCGUGGUCCCCCGGCUUCUGGGUUCCCUGGUGGGUGGCGGCAUGAGCCCCACGCAGCACCUGGAGCAGCAGCAGGCCCUGGUGAAGCAGUUCGCCGAGAUCCUCGAGUUCGUACUCAAGUUUGAUGAGCAUAAAAUGAAGACUCCCGCGAUCCAGAACGACUUCAGCUACUACCGGCGGCUGGUCAACCGGAGCGGGGUGAUCAACACGAACCUACCCAACGGAGAGGAACCGCACAUAGGGCCGGAGGUGGCCAACAGAAUGUCCCUCUUCUACGCCCAAGCGACGCCCAUGUUGAAAGUCCUGUCUGAAGCCACCAGCCAGUUCGUCAAUGACAACCAGCAGGAUCUAGAGAAUACUACAGAGACGUUGAGCACGAUGGCCAAAGUGUGCCUCAGGAUGCUUGAAAAUCCGAAACUCGUCGCGCAAUUCAGUCGCGAGGAGACGUCACUGCUGGUCCUCCGCGUGAUGGUGGGCCUGAUAAUCCUGUACGACUGGGUCCACCCCUCCGGCGCCUUCUGCCGCUCCUCGUCGGUUGACGUGAAAGGCUGCGUCAAGUUCCUCCAGCAGCAGCCGCCGCCGCAGGCCGAGUCCCUCCUCAACGCCCUAAGGUACACCACCAAACACCUGAACAGCCAGUCCACCCCGAAAAAUAUAAAGACGCUGCUAGCGGCGUGAGGACACCAUUCCAGCCUUGCAUGUUGCUGUGGGGAAUAGACGGGGAUUCUGCUUCAUUGUCUAUGGUUUCGCCGUGUAUAUUGUCUAUGGAUGUGUUGCUUCAUAUAAUAUAAUAUCUAUGGGUGGGUUUAUACCUAAGAUGAGGCGCGUAAAGAGGCUCAUUCACGGCAGUCCUGCCGUGAAUGGGCCUCUUUAAGGCGAUACAAGGAAUUUCAAGCGGCAUCAAGCUACUUGACAUUUCGAUUUUGUAUUGAUUUUUUGUCGAAAGUCGCCUCGUUGCGGUGUGAACUUACCGUUACGGUCAUUUUGUCAUCGUAUUUUAUUGUCACAAUAAUUUGCCACCAUGUGUGUUUAUGAUUAUAUUAAGUAUAUAAGUUAAAAUCGUCAUGUAAAGAUUGAGGGCAACAAGUACAUUUUGGCGCAUGUCAAUGAAGUUAGCUGCAACAUUUUUAUAAACCCCACACCUAUUAGCCAAAAUUUUGUUUCAAUAAUUUUUACAUGACAAUUCACAAUGUAAUUUAAGCACAAUAUUAUACAAGAUGCAAUUAAACCUUCCGGCCAAAUUUUUAAAUAGGU